AUGGCGUCCAUCUCUAAGUCGCCGCUCGACUUCCUGAGCAAUAACUCCGUCUUCUCCGGCCUCUCAGAUGUCUACACAUCUUUCCAAGAAAAGAGGGCAAAGCUGGGUCUCUCUAAUCCGGGCACAGUCGAGACGGUUGCAAAAGAGGUUCAACGCGAUGUCCUCCUCACAAACUACAUGUUUACCGGUCUCCGGGCCGACGUGACGAAGGCGUUCAGCCUCUCUCCAUUAUUCCAAGUAUCCCAUCAGUUUGCCUUGGGGGAGCGACAGCCUCCAUACGCAUUUGCCGCCUUGUACGGCACUAGCAAGAUGUUUGCGCAGGGCAAUGUCGAUAACACCGGCGCACUCUCGGCAAGGUUCAACUGGGCAUGGAGCCCUGGUUCUGUCACCAAGACGCAGAUGCAGGUCGGCACAGGCCAAGGCCAAGACAUUACGCAGUUGGAACACGAGUUUACCGGAGCGGACUUCUCGGCAUCGGUCAAAGCUAUAAACCCGUCUUUCCUUGACGGCGGUCUAACCGGUAUCGUGAUAGGCCAUUAUCUUCAGUCUGUUACACCUAAACUUGCCCUCGGCCUCGAAACUGUCUGGCAGCGUGCCGGUCUGACCCAGCCCCCGGAGACGGCCAUCUCUUACGUCGCUCGGUACAAGUCGGAUGACUGGGUUGCGAGUGCUCAACUGCAAGCCCAGGGUGCCCUGAAUGGCUCGUACUGGAGACGCCUGUCAGAGAAGGUCCAAGCCGGUGUCGACAUGACUCUCUCAGUUGCGCCAGGAGGUGGCGGCCUUAUGGGCGGUGCGCUUCAGAAGGAAGGAAUCACCACUUUCGGCGCGAAGUACGACUUUAGGAUGUCGACUUUUCGGGCCCAGAUUGACUCCCGGGGCAAGCUGAGCUGCCUGCUCGAGAAGCGGGUUGCUGCUCCCGUCACCAUGACCAUUGCGGCUGACGUCGACCACUUCACGCAACAAGCCAAGGUCGGACUCAGUAUCUCCAUUGAGGGCAAUGGGGAAGAGCUCCAAAUGCAGCAGGAGGCCGGCGCCCAGUCGCCUUCCAACAUCCCCUUCUAA